AUGCUAUCGCUGAGCGUUCAAUCCUCGCAAGCCUACUCGUCCUACCAAGCUUACGUGCCCAACGGCUACGCCAAUGGACAGGACACGGGCCAUUGCUGCGGGCAGACGCAAUUCCGCUUUGCGCUGGCAGCCGAGGGCUACCGAUGGACAGAGGCCCUCUGCAACGCCGAUACAGAUGGCGAUGGCCAGAGCAACGGUUUAGAGCUCGGCGACCCGUGCUGCUUGUGGACCAGGGACGGCGGAAUUCCCGCCUUUGAUGAUGACAUCUCACUCGCCGGCGACGCCAACUCGAUGACGUUUCGAUCCAUGCCUUCCUUUUUUGCGCACUCGUUGCUGAUGGGACUCGCCUGGAUGCUGCUAGCUCCGGCCGGCGUACUGCUGGCUCGCUUCGGCAAGGUUUCCCUUGGCGAGGCCAAGUCGGCGAAGCCGGCCGCCUGGUUCCGCUUCCACAGGGCGCUUCUCGCGGCGGCGCUGAUGCUCUCCGUCGCGGGCUUCACCCUCGCCUUUUUCAUGGUCGACGAGAGCAGGCACCUCGCAAGUGCCCACUCGAUCAUGGGCGUGGCCCUGCUCGCCGCGUCGUUGCUGCAGGGCGCCGGGGGAGCGCUCCGCCCCGCCAAAUCCGCCCGCAUCCGCCCUCUGUGGCGGAUCGCGCAUCGAUUGAUUGGCGCGUCGACCUGCUUGCUGGGACUCGCCACCUGCAUCACCGGCGGGCAGUGGCUGGACGUGCACCUGUCCGGCUGGAACCUUGGGGACGCUCCCGUGGCGCUCGCGGCGGCCAUCAUGAUCGCGGUCCUGUGGGCGUUUGCCUGGGCCGUGCUCGAGGGACACGCGGCCCUCAGCGCGGGCUGUUGCGACCGGAACCGGAGCACGGUGCCAGAGAAGGGCUCGUCGCUGGCUCGUCAAGCCUCGGACUCCUCGGCGAGGAUGUCGGGGCGGAGGCCGUCGGCGGCGGUGACGGCGAUCCUGUGA